CCUCCCCUUUUAAUUUCCCCCUCUUUCCCGAACACACACACACACACGCCAGAUUCACACAAACCCUAAUUUAUAAUUCCAUUGAUCAAUGGGUAGGCGGUCUAAAUCUGAAGAAUCUCUAUCAAAUUCUUCAGAAGAAGAACCAGUUAACGAUCAGCCUGAAGAAGAAGAAGAGGAUGAAGAAGAACUUGAAGCUGUCGCCCGCCCUGUUGAUUCCGAUGAAGACGAUAACGCUACCCCCGCCGCUGAUGAACCGCUCGACGACGACGACGACGAGGAUGAUAAAGAUGAGACCAAGAAUGAAAUUAGUCAUCGUGAAAAGGCGAGGUUAAAGGAAAUGCAGAGGUUGAAGAAACAAAAGAUUCAAGAUAUUUUGGAUCAACAAAAUGCUUCUAUUGAGGCUGAUAUGAAUAGUAAGGGAAAGGGGAGGCUGAAGUUCUUGUUGCAGCAGACCGAGUUAUUUGCUCAUUUUGCUAAAACUGACCAAUCUGCUUCUCAGAAGAAGGUGAAGGGAAGGGGUCGUCAUGCAUCAAAGAUGACUGAAGAAGAGGAGGAUGAAGUCUAUCUCAAGGAGGAAGAAGAUGGCCUCUCUGGAUCAGGACAUACACGUUUGCUGGUGCAGCCUUCUUGUAUUACGGGAAAAAUGAGAGAUUAUCAACUUGCUGGGUUAAAUUGGCUUAUAAGGCUAUAUGAAAAUGGUAUCAAUGGAAUUCUUGCAGAUGAGAUGGGGCUUGGUAAAACUUUACAAACUAUCUCAUUGCUUGGUUAUUUGCAUGAGUUUAGAGGGAUAACUGGUCCACACAUGGUAGUUGCACCAAAGUCUACUCUUGGAAACUGGAUGAAUGAGAUUAAACGCUUCUGUCCAGUAUUGCGUGCUGUGAAGUUUCUUGGAAACCCUGACGAAAGGAAAUACAUUCGUGAAGAGUUACUUGUUGCUGGGAAGUUUGAUGUAUGUGUCACCAGUUUUGAAAUGGCCAUUAAAGAGAAGACUACUCUACGACGCUUUAGCUGGCGUUAUAUUAUCAUUGAUGAAGCUCAUCGGAUUAAGAAUGAGAAUUCUCUUCUUUCAAAGACUAUGAGGAUAUACAAUACCAAUUAUCGUCUUCUUAUCACGGGUACACCACUUCAGAACAAUCUUCAUGAACUUUGGGCACUGUUGAACUUUUUGCUACCUGAGAUAUUUAGCUCUGCCGAAACCUUUGAUGAGUGGUUUCAAAUCUCUGGUGAAAAUGAUCAAGAGGAAGUUGUCCAACAGCUUCACAAGGUUUUAAGGCCUUUCUUACUUAGAAGACUGAAGUCGGAUGUUGAGAAGGGUCUACCCCCUAAGAAAGAAACCAUCCUCAAGGUCGGAAUGUCUCAAAUGCAGAAACAGUAUUAUAAAGCAUUGUUGCAGAAAGAUCUUGAGGUUGUCAAUGCUGGUGGCGAGCGAAAACGUCUUCUAAAUAUAGCUAUGCAGCUUCGUAAGUGCUGUAACCAUCCAUAUCUUUUUCAAGGAGCUGAACCUGGUCCACCUUAUACUACUGGGGAUCAUCUUGUUGAGAAUGCCGGCAAAAUGGUGCUAUUAGACAAGUUGCUACCAAAAUUGAAGGAGCGUGAUUCAAGAGUUCUAAUAUUCUCACAGAUGACAAGACUACUGGACAUUCUUGAAGAUUACUUGAUGUAUCGCGGGUAUUUGUAUUGUCGUAUUGAUGGUAAUACUGGUGGUGAAGACCGUGAUGCUUCCAUUGAAAAUUUUAAUAAGCCAGGAAGUGAAAAGUUCGUCUUUCUGUUAUCAACUAGAGCUGGAGGACUUGGUAUCAAUCUUGCUACUGCAGAUAUUGUCAUUCUGUAUGACAGUGAUUGGAAUCCUCAAGUGGAUUUACAAGCUCAGGAUCGUGCUCAUAGAAUUGGGCAGAAGAAAGAAGUUCAAGUGUUCCGUUUCUGCACUGAGUACACUAUAGAGGAGAAGGUCAUUGAAAGGGCUUAUAAAAAGCUUGCACUUGAUGCAUUGGUUAUUCAACAAGGACGUUUAGCUGAGCAAAAGACUGUAAACAAAGAUGAAUUGCUACAAAUGGUGAGGUUUGGUGCUGAGAUGGUUUUCAGCUCUAAGGAUAGUACAAUCACAGAUGAAGACAUUGAUAGAAUUAUUGCAAAAGGAGAGGAAGCUACCCGUGAACUUGAUGCUAAGAUGAAGAAGUUCACAGAAGAUGCUAUAAAGUUCAAAAUGGACGACACUGCGGAUUUGUAUGAUUUUGAUGAUGACAAGGAUGAGAGCAAGGUUGACUUCAAAAAAAUUGUCAGUGAUAAUUGGGUCGAGCCUCCAAAAAGAGAGCGAAAGCGCAACUAUUCGGAAUCAGAAUACUUUAAGCAAACUAUGCGUCAAAGUGGUCCGGCAAGGCCAAAGGAACCUAGGAUUCCUCGGAUGCCACAAUUGCAUGACUUCCAGUUCUUUAACACUCAGAGGCUCAGCGAGUUGUAUGAGAAAGAAGUGCGCUAUCUUAUGGUGCAGGCACAACAGAAGAAUCAAGUGAAAGACUCGAUAGAUGUUGAUGAGCCAGAAGUAGAGGUUGGAGACCCUUUGACUGCUGAGGAGCAAGUUGAAAAAGAGAAACUGCUGGAAGAAGGAUUUUCAACAUGGAGUAGGAGAGACUUUAAUACUUUCAUAAGGGCAUGUGAGAAGUAUGGCCGGGCUGAUGUUGGUGGUAUUGCUUCUGAAAUGGAAGGGAAAUCAGAGGAAGAAGUUGAAAGAUAUGCUCGAGUAUUUAAAGAAAGAUACAAGGAAUUGAACGAUUAUGAUCGCAUCAUGAAAAACAUUGAGAGAGGGGAGGCUAGAAUCUCUCGGAAAGAUGAAAUAAUGAAAGCAAUAGGAAAGAAGUUAGACCGUUACAAGAAUCCUUGGUUAGAGCUUAAAAUUCAGUAUGGCCAAAAUAAAGGCAAGCUAUACAAUGAAGAAUGUGAUCGAUUCAUGAUUUGCAUGGUUCACAAACUCGGUUAUGGUAACUGGGAUGAGUUGAAGGCAGCAUUUCGGACUUCACCUUUGUUCAGAUUUGAUUGGUUUGUCAAGUCACGGACCACUCAGGAACUAGCAAGGAGAUGUGAUACCCUCAUAAGAUUGGUGGAGAGGGAAAAUCAAGAAUAUGAUGAGAGGGAGAGGCAAGCUCGUAAAGAAAAAAAACUUGCCAAGAACUCAACACCAUCAAAGCGGGCAAUGGGAAGACAAGCUACUGAGAGCCCACCAUCUAACAUGAAGAAGAGAAAACAGUCAUUGAUGGAUGACUAUGUUAACUCGGGAAAGAAGGGCAAAUGAUUGAUGACUGAUUUUACUAAUUUGUAUUUUGAGACUUCGAAGGCGUUCGAUUAGUAGUAUUAGGAUAGUAGUAUAUAGGCAUGGCCUUUAUUCCCUAUUAGUAGUGGUUGAGACUGUAAACUGUAUGAUCAUUUCCAAAUAUGGUUGCUAGAGAUUUGGUUUUUGUACAAACUCAGAAUCUAGUUAUCAAUGUUAUGACUUGCAAGUUGCAAGUGACUGUUUUUCUAGA